AUUCCGAUGUUCUAAUACAUAGCGAUUACACGAAACGCGUGCCUACAGCGGGUAGCACGUAACCUUUGAGACUGCAAUCUGUUUUGUAAUCGCGGAAAUCAGGUACAGAUAGUUGUGAAGGCAUUGCGAUUGCCGCCUAAGAUUGGACCACGUGACGAGAAAUCGCAUAACCCCCCGGACACCAGUCGACAAGCAGGCGCAGAUUCCAGAGGGGAAAAGGGAAAAUCAAACCUUCCCGCCCUUCUACUGGCUUGGCGUCCCUCACUACUUAACAAAAUACUGACCCUGCAAGUUUUUGUGCUUGGGUAUACGCCCCAAUAAUUGCCAUCGCCCGCAUAACAAGAGCCGCGUCGAGCAGAACAUAACAGAAGCCACGCAGCAAUGGCCGAAGGAAAAUCGGAGAAACUGCCUUUUAUUGGCAAGCAGGCACCAAAGCCCGUGACACUAAAUCCGUCGUGGGAGUCCGAACUGCCGCCGGCGGAUUCGAAUGGGAAGGGCUCGGUGCUGGCCAAGUUGGGUCUGCCGCCCAAGGAUAGAUACAAGAUAGUUUUCUUUAUCUUUAUGUUGCACGGACUGGGCACACUGAUGCCCUGGAACAUGUUCAUUACAGCCAAGUCCUACUUCGAGGACUUCAAGCUGGGCGCGAACAACACGGUACCCACGGAGGUAAACUACAGAAGUACCUUCAUGCAGAAUAUGGGCUUUGCCUCGCAGAUUCCCAAUCUCCUCUUCAACUGGCUGAACAUCUUCGUCAACUUUGGCGGCGACCUGACCAGCAGGAUAGUGUACAGCAUCAUCUUUGAGGUUGUCAUUCUGCUGGUAACCAUUGUCCUGGCUAUGAUGGAUUCGUCCCAGUGGCCGGGCAUAUUCUUCUGGGCCACCAUGGUAAGCAUUGUGCUGCUGAACAUUUGCAAUGGUAUCUACCAGAACACCAUAUACGGCAUCGUUGCUUCGCUACCCAUCAAGUACACGGGAGCCGUGGUCCUGGGAUCCAACAUUAGUGGGGUCUUCACCACCGUGAUGUCCAUCAUUUGCACCGCAUUCUUCGACUCAAAGAGAACGUCGGCCAUCUAUUAUUUUGUAACAGCGAUUGUGAUUCUCCUUCUGUGCUUCGACACCUAUUUCGCGUUGCCGGUGACUAAAUUCUUUAGGCACUACGAUCAGAUCUGCCAGAGCAAUGAGAAAAAGUCCGACUCGAGGGCGGAGCUGAAUGUUCCCUACUGGCAGAUCUUCAAGAAGGCAUCGCCUCAGCUCUUCAACAUCUUUCUGACGUUCUUUGUGACUCUCUCCGUCUUCCCGGCCAUCCACGCGAACAUUAAAGCCUCGGACAAUGACUUUUUCAUCUCCAAGGACUACUUCACCUUGUUCACUUGUUUCCUCACAUUCAACGUGUUCGCCAUGCUGGGCAGCCUGACCACCUCGUGGGUGCAAUGGCCCGGUCCGAAGUUCCUAGUGGUUCCGGUGGCUCUGCGCCUGGUGUUCAUUCCCCUGUUCAUCAUGUGCAACUAUAUACCACCAGAUAUGACCAGGACCCUCGAAGUCUACUUCCCCAAUGAGUGGGUCUAUUGGGGCAUUGCCGUCAUAAUGUCCUACAGCUCGGGUUACUUGAGUUCGUUGGGCAUGAUGUAUGCCCCGCAGACGGUUCAUGCAAAGUUUCAAACAACCGCUGGAAUGUAUGCAGCUGCAAUGCUGAUUACGGGCAUUUUCUCGGGCGUCAUGUUCUCGUAUCUGGGUCCGUUGUUCUUAUAACCUCGGUCAUAGCUUCAAUACAUAGCAUGCUGACAUAUACUAAAAUGAUCUUGUUAAAUUCGUAUCAUAUAUUAUUGACCUUCAUUGAAUUUAUUUUCGUUGUGACUACUCAUUUUAUACUAACUUCAUUGAAUAAUAAAGAUUUGUACUGGUUAUUUACAAAACAGAUGCUGCAUUUUACACGCAAA